CCUUUUUUUUUGACUUUGAAAACUGGUUUAACUCCACCGAUUUUUCAUAUGGCGGCGUCGUCCAGGAGUUUUUUUCCGGGGAGGGAAAAUGGCUACUCCACCGAUUUGAUUCCACGGUGUACAACCAGACCGUCCUUGUGCUACACAACGGCGAUGCUCUUUCUUCCAUGCUGGCCAUGACUGCCUGGUUGGGGUCUAUUUCACUCUCGCCGCUGCACAUUUUUCUCCCUGCCAGCUGGUCGAACAAUAUUGUCUACAUUAUUUCUUUUGUGACGCAGAUGAUUGAUUUCCCUUGGAGACGUUACGAGCAGCAGCUUGUGAAUUACAUGCAAGGCCUCAGGGCGGUGAGCACAAAAGGGCUGAUACUCACCGGAAGCGGAGUAGCGGGAGGAAUCGCGUCCAUAGCGGGUGCUCAUGCACAAAUUCAAACGGUUGUUUUUGGUUCUCCCGGGUUGUUGCAUCUUCUGCGACUUACUGGCCUGUCGCUGGCGGAGUACCACAAAUAUGUUUUGACCGUUGGUGCGUCCAACGGUGUCCUGGACAAUGUCGGCGGACAGGACAUCACAAUGAGCCAGAAGUUGUACUGCAAUGGAAACGCCGUGACUUGCCUGUCGAUGGAAUAUAUCUCUCGUGAGCUAAUCCAGAGCUGUGACACAUCUGGGCGAAGGCACAUCUAA